AUGUUGUUGUUGUUGUUGUUGUUGUUGUUGUUGUUGUUGUUGUUGUUGUUGUUGUUGUUGUUGUUGUUGUUGUUGUUGUUGUUGUUGUUGUUGUUGUUGUUGUUGUUGUUGUUGUUGUUGUUGUUGUUGUUGUUGAUGGAGGACACGUUGGCCAUGCGGCAGAUGAUUGCAUCGAUUUCGCGCCUGGCAAACGAAACAAGUGGUGGUGGUGACGAUGAUGAUGAGGGCGGUGAUCGUGGCGAUGGCGGUGGUCGAACACAGCAAAGUGGCGGGCGCACGCGACGAACAUCAACAAGCAGCAUUGCAGGUGCGAAUGGUGGCAGCACUUCACAGCACCAUCUCCAUCACCAUGGUGGCGUGACAGCGACACGGGGUGACCCGCCGCUCGCACGACGUGGCAGCGCGCAGUUUCGGCGACGACAACACCUGCUCACACGCACUUCCUCAACAGCAGGACAGCGUGGUCACCACGGCAGCAGCGGCAGCAGUGGUGGCAGCGACCGUGCCGUGCUUGCAUAUGCGUCUGACGGUCUGUUUGCGCGCGUGAUGCAGAGAGGCCAACGGAUCACAGCUGAGGCGGAGGCGGCGGAGAAGGCAGAGCGGGCGCGGGCACAACGGCAGCACUCCCUUCGACGACUCAGCAGAAGGCAGUCGCUCGCUCGCGUGUCGCAGAGAUGAUUUGGGCGAGCAAGCUGUGUGUUGUUGGGAUGGGAAGCGUGCUUGCUCGUUUGUCUUGUUGUAAGAUUGAGUGUGUGUGUGUACCUUGCUUCAUUUAAUUCAUUGUUACUUUACGUUCGCACGCGCGCGUGUACACACAUACGAAGGGGUGGAAUAAAUGCAGCAGACACGUA